CCCAGCUCCAAUGCAUCAUGGGAGUAGGUGGUAACUACAUAUUGUUGCCGCCAUUUUUUGGCCCAUUUUGGACUCUCGAAAGUUCAGUUCGAGAAAACUUCACGAGUUGUUAGCGGAUACGGAGACCUGGACGAUGAACCCGCAAUUUGACUCUAUCGGCAGACAGUUUGUAGACUUCUACUACAAAGCUUUUGAUGAGAAUCGCUCUACACUUGCCGCACUCUAUAGACCUGAGUCCAUGAUGACAUUUGAAGGAGCGCAGCACCAGGGUCCAGAGGCCAUCGUACAGAAACUUGUGAGCCUACCAUUUCAGAAGGUGCAACACGUUGUCACCACAGUUGACUGUCAACCCACAGUAGAUUUUGGUGUUCUUGUAAUGGUGGUAGGACAACUAAAGACGGAUGAAGAUCCGAUCCAUGGGUUUAGUCAGACGUUUAUCCUGAAGAAUGAUGGAAGUAAUUACUACGUCCUCUCAGACAUCUUCAGGCUGGUUGUCCACUCCGCAUAGAGACCCCCCUCCCCGCCCACCGCCAAAGUAGAGCAUCCCCACAGCUGGACAUCGCACCAAAAUGGCUGGGGAGUGAAGCUACUAGUUUCAACAGCCUAACCAAUAUGUCGUGUCUUACAAUGCCCAGAUGGACGGCUUUCUGAGCGCUACAUGAACGUUUCUGCCAAUCAGAGGUGAUGGAAAACCGUUUGAAAAACACGUAGUGGACGGUGCUCUUACUCCCUAUAGUGUAGCUUUGUUGUAGCAGUUUGGAACUUAGCUUAGCUGAAUGGACAGCUUCAUAAUGCCGUUGUCCAUUAUCAUGUACCUGGCUGUGAAAGUCCCGCAAAAGAGGCCUGCAGAUGAACUAGAAAUUAAGUGUAAUGGUUUGGUGCUUACAGAUUUUACCAGUGUGGCCAAUCUCAUGUUCCAGUUGUUUGAAAAACUCUGCUAUUACAAAAAGAUAUUAGCUUCUUGUCUGGGACCCCAAACAGCCCCCCACCCCACCCUAUGGGCUUUACACUGACCAGUGCAAACCUUUUUCCUGCAUCUGUCUAUGCCAUCCCCAGCUUCUGGACUGAUAAUCACGUUGGUUUUGAGAUUGAUCAAAUGUUUCCUGCCCAUUUUGUAUACUAGUAUGUGCUGCUGACAACUCCAGGGUGCCAGAGCUGUAGUUCGAUGUCCCUUUAAGGCCAUGCAGACCUGUUCUCAGUGCAGCAUUCGCUUUUGAUAAGUCUCUGGAAUCAAGGUGAAAUAAAA